GAUAUUCAUCGGGCCGCGCCGUCGGGUGUUGUGGAUGUUUUCCUAUUUUCUCAGGUAAUUAAUUAUUUCUGGUGGGAAGUGGUCAGUCAUUAAUGUGAUAGAAUAGUGCUAAAUCAGCAUCAAUGCAGUUUUUGCUACCAUGAUUCUCUAGCAGUGGUGGUCGUCGCCCGCCUCUGCCCUCUGAUUGUCGGCGGUUAUCUAUGAUCGGCCCGGCGGCGGUCCGGCGGGCGGCCGCAGUCGCUCUGUGUUGCCGCUGAGGUGUCAGUCUACCCCGCUCCGUCCGCCGCCCGCCGCCGCUCGUCCGCCCGGCUGCCGUCAUGGCCUCCGGGGGCCUGAUGUCGACGCUGAUGCGUCGCAAGGCCGUGGAGGAGGACCACAUGGCCGACACCUCGCUGGCGCGCGUGCUCGGCCUGGUAGACCUGUGCUGUCUGGCGGUCGGAUCGACACUCGGACUGGGUAUCUACGUACUGGCCGGCGAUGUGGCGAAAACUGAGGCCGGCCCGGCCGUGGUGAUCUCGUUCCUCGUGGCUGCCAUCGCCUCACUGUUUGCCGCGCUGUGUUACGCAGAGUUUGCCGCCCGCGUACCCAAGGCCGGCUCUGCCUACGUCUACAGCUACGUAUGUGUGGGCGAGUUCGUGGCGUUUGUGAUCGGCUGGAACCUGAUCCUCGAAUAUGUGAUCGGCACUGCGAGCGUGGCGAGAGGCUACAGCACCUACGUGGACUCCAUCUUUGACCAGGCCAUGCAGAAGGCCUUCACCGAGUGCUGCGGCAUGGACGUCGACUUCCUGUCGGCCUACCCCGACUUCUUCGCCCUCUUCCUGGUCAUGGUGCUGACAUUGCUGCUGGCCAUUGGAGUGCGCGAGUCGACGCGCUUCAACAAUGUCUUCACCUUUGCCAACCUGGUGGUCGUGCUGUACGUCAUCAUCACGGGCAGCUUCAAAGCUGACGGUGCCAACUGGCGUAUCAACCCGGAGGAGGUACCCAACUGGGACUACGAGACGUACGGCACCGGCGGCUUCAUGCCGUUCGGCAUCAGCGGCGUCAUGGCCGGCGCGGCGCGCUGCUUCUACGGCUUUGUCGGCUUCGACGCCGUGGCCACCACUGGUGAGGAGGCGAAGAACCCGCAGCGCUCCAUCCCCCUGGCCAUCAUCAUCGGUCUGACGGUCAUCUUUCUCUCCUACUUUGGCGUGUCGGCGGUGCUGACUCUCAUGUGGCCCUAUUACCUCCAGGACGAGGACGCGCCCAUUCCGGCCGUGUUUGACCACCUGGGCUGGGAGUCGGCCCGCUGGAUCGUCACCAUCGGCGCUCUGUUCGGACUCUCAUCCAGCCUUCUGGGCGCGCUGUUUCCGCUGCCGAGGAUCCUGUACGCCAUGGCCAACGACGGGCUCAUCUUCCGCUGGAUGGCCGACAUCCACCCGCGCUUCCAGACGCCCUUCUGGUCCACCCUGCUGGCCGGCGUGUUCGCUGCCGCGAUGGCGUCGUUUUUCGACCUGGAGCAGCUGGUGGACAUGAUGUCGAUCGGCACGCUGCUGGCCUACUCGCUGGUGGCCGUCUGCGUGCUGGUUCUCCGGUACGAACCGUCACCAUCCGAGGGACGACUGCUGCGACUGUCUGCCGCAGCUGUGUACCGGGACGAGACUCUGGGCCUGGUUGACCACGAGGCGGACCUGGCGGACGGACCGACCCUGCCGGCCACCGCCAGCACCGAGCUGCUCCUCGGCUCCGACAAGAACACCACCCUGGUAUCGCGGGUGUUCAACCUGGGCCGGCAGCAGAACCCGUCACAUGAGUCGGCGCGGCUGGUCAACCACAUCACUAUCGCUUACGGCGUCAUCACGGUGGGAUUCUGUGCCGUGCUGGUGUUUGCUGCCGAGGAGCUCUCAGACGCCGAACCGUGGGCCAUCGCAUUGGCUGCCCUACUCGGCACGGCCAUGCUACUCUGUGUGCUCAUCGUCAAGCUGCAGCCCGAGUCCAAGGCGCACCUCUUCUUCAAGGUGCCACUAGUGCCGUUCCUGCCGAUGCUGAGCGUGUUCGCUAACGUGUACCUGAUGAUGAAGCUGGGCCCGGCCACCUGGAUCCGGUUCGCUAUCUGGAUGAUUCUCGGGCUGGCGAUGUACUUCGGCUACGGGAUAAGGAACAGCUCCGCCGCCUCAGACAGCGGCAAGCGGAAGCGCGAACACGUGCAGAUGACAAACCUCGUGCCGCCGACGAUUGUGAUCGAGCCUGCGACUCCUCUGCAGCGGUCGGCGGCUAGCUCACCGCAUCUGGCGGCCGGGAGAAGCUCAGUCGGCUCCGAGCCCACAGAGCUGAUAGUGGAGACGGCCCCGGACGAUGGAGAGGAGAGGAGGGCUAAUGAGGCGGCCGUCGGAGCCGGAGAGAAGGAAAAGGAAGAGGAGGCUGGUGAUGGAGAGGGGAAGAAGGAGGGAGGGGAGGCGAAGGAGGCGGCCGACUCCCUGGAUCAGGAGCGGACUCUGGUGAUGUUCACUCAGACGGUGCAGCGCCAGCGGGGCCUCCACGCCGUGAUCGAGGCCACGCUGCGGCCGGACGGUGGCGACCCCAGCCGCAGCCGGCAGCUGGCGCUCGUACAGCGGCAGAUCGAGACGGACCGACUGGAGCAGGGCUAUGAGCCGCCGCCGCCGCCCCGGCCGGCCGCCGCGCCCGUCAUCGCUGAACAGUCGGAGGAGGAGAAGCGCACUGCUGAGCGGCAGGCGGCUCUACACGCGGCCGUGGCGCGUUGUCUGGGGGCUCCGGCGGCCGGUGCGCCUGUGCCGAUCAGGGUCAGUGUUGAGGUUCACUCUGAGGCCCCUCCUGACAGCGAGCUGCACGAGACGACGGAGCGGGUGGCGGCACUUCUGGCCGGCGGAGAGCCCGACUCGCGCCGCAAGGAUCAGCUCCUGGCUGAGCACUGGAGGAGACACGAGGCUGCGGCCAGUGAGGCGACUCCGUCUCCGGCGCCCCCAGAGGCGGCCGAGGCCCCGCGCGACCCGCCGCCGUCUCUGCCCGAAGGAUUUACGGAAGAAGUACAGAGGACUCACGAGGCAGUGGUUGAACAGAUGGCAGUCGAACCGGCACUGCAGCAGGAGGCGGACCCGGCGGCGGCACUGGCUGCGCUUCAUGCGUCCAUCUGUGAUUGUUUCAACCGCGGCUGGGUGGACCUGGGACGCGGGGCGGCGCUGGCCGACCGACAGAAAGCUGCCGAGGCGGCGCGGGGCCCUCCACCGCCUCCCGUCACCCCUGCUCCUCCUCCGACCUCCAGAGUGGAUCCUCUCACAGCGGAGGAGAAACAACACCUGGAGCGACUGCACGCGGCCAUCAGUGAGUGUCUGUCGGCAGUACGCACCCCUCCCAACUCUCCCACGGGCGGGGGAGGCUCUCGACCGCCGCUCACCCCUCUGCCAAUCGGUCCCGGCCACCGACCGCUACAGCGUGUCAUCUCAAACUCGAGCUUCCAGAACAUCCCGCCGCAGAGUCCGCAAAGUCCGCUGGCGCGCCGCGUCGGCGACAAGUUUGUUAUUAUUCCGGUGAGCGGUGAUGAAGAUUCAGAGCGAGAGGAUGAGCCCACAGAGCAACCAGAGGUGCAGCGAGCCAUCCGAGCCGUUCGAGAUGAGGUGCAGACGGCCAUGGCACGCGCCGCAGCCGCCGCGGGGGAGGGCGAGAGCGAGGGAGAGGAUGAGGAAGAGCAGAAGAAGAAGGAGAAAGAGAGGGAAGUGGAGCAGGGCAGCUCACUCGGAGCCAACCAGCCCGCUGAGACGACAGUGGAGUCCAAGCCGCCUGCAACCGAGCCGCCGGCGGAGGUGCGGCGCGCGAUGGACGCGGUGCUCGGCGAGGUGCUGGCCGCCUCCUCCCCCGCCUCCCCCGCCUCUCCCCAUUCUCCCUCCGCUCCCGAGGAGGACCGCUUCUCAGUGAGCUCUGACGAGCCGGCCGAGGUGGCCGUCAGCUCGGGCGGCAGCUCGGGGAACGUGUCGGGUGACGAGCACUCCGCCCAGCCGACCCCAGAGGUGCGGCGGGCCAUGAACUCGGUACUUAGCGAGAUGACCACGGCGGCGGCGGCGCGGACCGACGAUCCGCCGCCGGUCGACGGGCCAAAGCCGACCGACGACCCAUCGACGAGCGGUGACGACGGGCCGCGCGUCGGCGGUCACGACAAACCGAACCAGGUGGCCGCUCCUCCGGAGCCCAACAUGAAGGAACAGCUGGACCUGAUCAUCAAACAGGCCGUUCAGAAGGCGGCCAAACGCGUCUCCGAGGUGCCGCCGACUGGAGAGGAGGAGGGCGCCGGCCCGGAGUCGCCGCCGCCUCUGGAGAAUAUUGGGGACGGGAUGCAUCGGAUCCGCAGUCGGAAACACAAGCCAGCGGCUACGUUUGACAUGAACGAACUCAUGGCCCGGUUCGAGAAGAGGAACACGUAGUAUGUUGAUAGAGGAGGUAGAGGUGCCAUAUGUGUGAUGUAUUCAGCUAGAUGACCGUUCGGGAGUGGUUUUCAGUCGGGUUAACGAGAGUGGUGUGGAGCAGCGAGCUGAUAGGGUGGGAGCUCCCUCAGACAUGUGUUUGUUAUUGCAGAUGCCCAUGUUAAACUAAAGAUACCGUGUAACAUUCAAAGCUGAUCACCAGUUUCAGCUUUCAUAACGCUUCGAAACAGGAGUCUUCCGUUUGCGAAACGACUGUUGAGUGGCUACUGGCUACUAACUAUUUCGAUCCGAUAUUGCUGUGUUGUUCGAAGGAAUAGUGCUGAACGGUAGUCUGCAGUUGUUGAUCACUUUAUUGUUUAUUACGCCGUUUGAUUGUAUAGUACGGGUAAUUUAUUGAUCGAUUCCCUACAAUGUGAUCUCAGGAAUUUACAAUGAUUUGUGUACUGAAGUAGAUGCAAUGCUAGUGUCCUAGUCUUCCAUUCAACCGUGAUAUGAAUCGAAAAUAAAAUUGACCCAAAGUA